CGCCUGUGCUGCGCGCUCCAGUCGCAGCUGGAGGGCUCGCACGGUCAGCGCGCCGAGCGCCGGAGAGCUGCAGCGGCCUUCGCCGGCGUGCUGGGCCAGGUCGCGGCAGUGUGGCCGCCCCUGCGCCCGCGCGGUCGCCGCGGCGGUGCGCCCACCGCGAGCGGCGGCGGCGGCGGCGGCGGCGGCGGCGGUGCGGCCGCUGUCGGCUGCUUCUUGCUCAGCACGCUGCACGGGGCCAGCGAGUGCCGGCGCGCUCAGCUCGAGUUCGUGGGCGCCGCCGCAAGGCAUGCUCCAGAGCUGGAGCUGCGCAGCCUGCCGGGCGGCGCGUCGAAGGGGCAGGCCUGCUUCGAGGCGCGGGUGGCCGCAGGCGCAGGGACUUCCUCCUCCUCUGCCCUGGAACGCCUCUUCGACGCCAUGCGCUCCGCGGGUGAUGGCUUCAGGCACGUUAAGCGCGUGUCGCCCUUCGACGCCCUGUGCGACGCCUCGCUGGCCUCUGUGGUGGAGCUGGUGCGGCAGCGCUCCGCUGAUGUCUUCUCGGCCUUCCCUGAGCCGACCACCUUCGCCAUCCAACUCCAGUCUGGCUGGCUGCAUGGGCGCGGAGCUGGAUACCCGAGCCGCGACGAGUGCCUCGCCGCGAUCGGAGCGGCACUGCCACCUGGGCAGAAAGUCAGCCUCAAGGCGCCAGACGUGAUCGUCCAGGUGAAGGGCUUCGCUGGGCGGUGCGGCGUCUGCGUGCGGCAUGCAUCGCUGCGCCUAGACUGCCCCACGUCGCUGGAGGACGUCUAUAUGGAGUGCUCCGCUGGGCAGGCCUACUACCGGCGCGACGUGAACUGCGGCCCCACACCCGCGGAGCCAGCGGCGCCAGCAGCACUGGCGCCUCUGCUGGACUCGGCGAUCGAGAUGGACGCCUGGUGCGCGCGCCUUUCGCAGGCAGCGCCGCGCGCCGGCGCCUCGGGCGGCGAGGCGGCGGCGGAGGCACACGGGUGCGGACUCGGCGGACAGCCGCAGGCGCACGCCGCGGCGGCAGAGAGGCAGGUGCGCGCGCUCGCGGAGCUCGCGCGCUCCGCUGGGCUUCUCGAGCUCUCGUCCGUGGAGUUUGGCGCGGGCAAGGGCACGCUGACUCGGGCGCUGCGCGAGGCGGCGGGCGCACGCGAGGCCGUGCGGGUGCUGGUGGACCGUGACCGCGCCAAGGGCGGCGCUUGCCGGCACACGGACGACAGCCGCUUCACCGAGGACUUCGCCCUGAGGCUCCGAAUAGACAUCCGAAACCUGUGGCUGCCGGGGCUGCCCGAGUUGCAGGGCCAGCGCGUGGUGGGCGUCGGGAAGCACGUGUGCGGCGCCGCGACGGACUUCGCGCUGCGCAGCCUCUGCGCGGGAGGCCUCACGCGUGAUCCGCCGCCGGCAGUGGUCGCGCCUCCCGAGACGGAGGCGGCAGGCGUUCUGAAGGACAUCCCGCGCGCCGCGCGCAAGGAGCUGGCCAGGCGCGUCGGCGCGCAAGCGUUCGCGGCGAUGCCGCUGCGGGAGCAGGUCCGGCUGCUGCAGGGCGCUCGCCCCCCGCGGGUCGCCGGAGCCCUGAUCGCGCUGUGCUGCCACCACCUGUGCACGUGCGAGAGCUACUGCAACCCAGAGUGGCUCGAAGAGCACGCGGUGACGGCGGAGCAGUUCCACCUCAUCUGCCGCAUGAGCAGGUGGGCCGUCAGCCGCCCGGGGGGGCCGCUCGCCGCCCGCCGGCGCGCGGUGGGCCGCGCCUGCCGGGGCUUCCUCGACGCGGGGCGCGCCGCGUUCCUGGCGCGCCACGGGCUCCAGGCGGAAGUCGUGGAGUACUGCGGCGCCGAGGCCACGCCCGAGAACCGCGCGCUGCUCGCGACCCCGGGCGGCGGCGGCGCUGGCGCCGCGGGGCAGGGGGCGCCAGCCCACGCCGCUGCGGCGCCGAGCUGA